AUGGCGGGCGCACCUGCGGCGCCCGACGCGGCUCUGCCGGCCGCGCCUGCCGACGAGGCGUCCGCGGAGCGCGCGCAGGAGCACGGCCUGGAGGAGCACCUUCGCUGCGUCGCGCGCCACCUGCGGGAGCAACUCCACGCCUUCGGCGAGCUGGACCUCGCCCUCAGCGAGCUCUCGGAGCUGGGCGGCCGCUGCCGCGGCCUCGGCGUGGGGGCCGAGGUGCUCGAGGCGCUGGACUCAGCACUGCUCGCGAGCGAGGACUGCGAGGGCGUGGCCUGCGAGCUCGGGCUCGACGCGGGAGGCGAUGCGGAGUCGGCGGCCCUGCGCGCCGAGGUGCUCGCGUGCGCCGGCGACUACUUCGCGCUCUUCCGCCGCCCGGAGCUCGCGAAGGCACAGCACGAGGCCGCGCUGAAGGAGGACGAGGGGUGCCUGGCCGCGCUCCUCGGCGCAGCCCGCGCUGAGGCGGAGCUGAACUCCAGCAGCCGUGUGGAGUCCGCCCUCCGCUGCUGCUGGCGUGCCGCGGAGCUCGCGGCCUCGCGAGGCGGCGAGCUCCGCGAGGGCGCGCCGCAGUUCGAGCGCCAGGCGAGCGAGUGCUUCCACCUGCUCGACGGCGCGGUCGAGCUCGACGCCACGCCGAGGGCGCUCCAGGGCCUCCCCGAGCUGCUCGCUCGCUCGGUUCCGCUCCUGGCCACGCCCGCGGCCAGCGCCAUCGAGUCCCUGUCGCGGAGGUGCCUGGCGCCGGCGCCCUGGCUGGAGCAGCCCUUGGACGCCGUGGACGCAGUGGAGGCACCGCUGCCGGACCUGGUCGUGGCGCUGCUGUUGCACUCCGAAGCCUUCUGCCACGUGACGUUGGAGCGGCACGUGGUGCGCUGGCGUGCGGCGCUCUGCGGCCUGCUGCACGCGGUUCUCCUUGGCGGCGGUCAGGAGGAAUGCGGCGGUGCGCCGCGCCCUCUCCCCGAGCUGCUGCCCAGGCAUGUUCAAGAUGCAGCCGCCAUCGCAUGCCAUCUGCACUUUGUUGGCUACUGCGUGCCCCUCGCAGACGACGAGGCGACCGUCGAGGCGAGCAAGCUGGAAGCUGCCAAGCGUCUCGACAAGCCCGGGCGCGCUUGCGGCGGUGACGGUGCGGAAGUGCAGUCAGCUGCUGCGUGGCUUUUAGUGUCCAUGUACGAGAACCCCCGGGCGGACCCGCCGGAGGCCCUGCCCAAUUACGGAGUGGCAGCGGUGGCGGCGCUCGCCGCCCGUUGCUUCGCGGAGCCGCGCGAGGAGGCGGCGCUGCUGCAGAGCUUGCAGGUGCUGCGGCCCGACGGGUCCUUGUCGACGGGCGCAGCUGCUGCGCCCGGCGAUGUGCAGCACGAGCUGCCUGACACCCCGUGCCGCACCUUCUACGAUGAGACGGUCUAUCCCGCGUGGCACGAGGCCGUGGAGUCUGCUGGCGUGCUGCCCGCCACCAUCGACGAGCGGCUGGCCAGACUGUUCCCGUGGCGGGAGACUCGCCCCGCCAGCGGGGGCGCGCGCCGUGUGCUCGUCGCAGGCUGCGGCUCUGGCCAUCAAGUCGCCGUGGAGCUUCGGACGUACUUGGGCUGCCAGGUGGUCGCCCUGGACUGCGCACCCCGCUCGGUGGCGUACGCGCAGCGGAAGCUGCGGCGCGCGCUGAGCAGCGAGGAGUUCGCUCGCGUCAGCUUCGUCGUGGGCGACAUCCUGGAGCUGAAGCCCGGCUCGGCGCUGGCGGGGCCCGGCUUCGACCUGGUCGUCUGCUGCGGGGUGCUGCACCACCUGCGCCGCCCCGCCGAGGGGCUCCAGCGGCUCGCUGGGGUGCUGGCGCCUGGGGGCGUCCUGCAGCUCAGCACCUAUUCGCCAUCAGCGUCGAGAGCUGGCAGGCCCCCGUGCGGGCCUACCUCCGCGCGGCCCCCGCGGCCCGGGCCCUGUACGACGGGGCCGGGCAGCUGA